GAUCCCCGCUCCGCUAUGGAGGCGCUGCGUGCGGCGGGGCGUGCCGUGCUGCGGAGCCCGCGCCUCGCCCGGCACGGCCUGGGUCUCCGCCGGCGGCGCAAGCUUCCUGAGAGCUGGGCUGAUAUGCAGGAGCCACUGCUUGAGGGGAUGUGCUUCACCCUCAAGUAUCUGGGCAUGACGCUGGUAGAAAAACCAAAAGGAGAAGACAUGGCUGCUGCUGCCAUCCGCAGGAUCGUGGCCACGGCACAGGUCGGAGCUCGCAAGUUUCAGAAGGUGAUUCUGACAGUGUCUCCAAGGGGCAUCUCACUGCAGGAUGCAGACACUAAGGAGAUGGUGGAGAACAUCUCCAUCUACAGGAUCUCCUACUGCACAACAGACAAGCUGCAGAACAAGGUCUUUGCUUAUGUUGCCCAGAGCCAGGAGAGCGGGGCACUGGAGUGCCAUGCCUUCCUCUCACCGAAGAAGAAGAUUGCCCAGGCUGUGACUCUGACCGUGGCCCAGGCCUUUCAGAUGGCACUUGAUCUCUGGGAGGCAACACAUGCUGCAGGAGGAGGAGGAGGAGGAAGAUGAUGAUGUCAAUGAAACCUUACCUGGCAGCAUGGAGGAGCUGGAGAGGGGAACACACAGCCCAGCAGCACAGCUAUUAUGCUACCGCCUGGGGCCGCCCCCGGACAGCUGGACGGUGCUGGGAGGGGUUGGACACUCACCCAGUGCUGGCCCCAAGACUCCCCUGGGCUAAGCCAAAUCUCUGCAACAACGGACCAGCCACUCAGGAUUCACCCUGUGCCUGCACCUGCGCCAGCCAGUGCCUGCCACUGCCCUGGCACUGCCCUCCUGACACGGGGGCCGCUGGCACUGCUGCCAUGGAGUGCACAGGCUGUAACACCUUCUCCUUGUCCUGUGCUGCCUGCAUGAACCGCCUCGCGCUGCAGCUGCUCCCAGCUUGGGCUGGAGGACCGAUGCUCCUCACUCUGCUCACUCCCAGGCCAUGCAGGACCACCCUGCGUGCUCUGAGCCUUCCUGAUGCAGGCAGUGUACACCCUCAGGGAGCAACAGCUCUUGGCCUGGAGCAGUGUGUGAUGAAGGCCUUGCCCCUGCAGUUCAACCCCCUACCCUCUCACAAGUGAAAUGACCUGGUUUUUA